GGAUGGAGGGGUGGGUGGGUGGUAUCUCUCAGCAGAUCCAGGAGCUCAGAGGAACCUCAGUCGGCGGUUCGUAUCGGAGACAAACAGACAGACAGAAUGCAGCAGGCUGUCAUACUUGUGGUCCUCUUGGUCCUGGUGGGCCUCCUCCAUGGGGUACCAGUGCUUCCCGAACCUCUCUUCCCCACACAGGAGAACUUUGACCUGAGCAAGUUCAUGGGUAAGUGGCAUGAUAUUGCGGUAGCAUCCACCUGUCCCUGGAUGCAGCGCCACAGAGGAGACUCAGCUAUCGGCACACUGGAGCUGCAGGCCGGGGUCACUGAAGGCAAAGUCAGCAUGAAACGCAGCAUGAAAAAGCACGGGACAUGUAAGCAGAUCUCUGGUGAUUAUGAGAUAACAGACACACCUGGAAGAUUCACCUACCACAUUGCCAAGUGGGGGGCUGAUGUUGAUGCCUAUGUGGUUCACACUAACUAUGAUGAGUACGCCAUCGUCAUGUUAAGCAAACAGAAGACAGGUGGUGAGAAGACCAAGUCCGCCAAGCUAUACAGCCGCACCAUGGAACUGCGGCCCACUAUCCUGGACGACUUCAGGAGGCUGGUGAGGGAGCAGGGCAUGGCUGACGACACAGUCAUCAUCAAACAGAACAAAGGCGAGUGUAUACCAGGAGCAGAGCCUGUAGCAGCAGAGCCUCAGCCUGAGAUUACGGCACUGAGAGCUAAGAGGGACAUAGUCCUCCCUGAGCCUGCCCCUGUGGAGGGUUCCGGUAUGAGUGAUGACACCAUGAUCUUCAGGAGUGCAGAGUCCUGUAAGGCGGAACCAGAUGCAGGUCCCUGUUUCGGGAUGAUGCAGCGCUACUUCUACAACUCCACCAGUAUGGGCUGUCAGCUGUUCACCUAUGGAGGCUGCAUGGGCAACCAGAACAACUUUGUGACCGAGAGGGAGUGUCUGCAGAGCUGUCGCACUGAGGCUGCCUGCAGACUGCCCAUGGAUGUUCAACCCUGCACUGGGCAGCCCAAGAUCUGGGCCUUUGAUCCCAACUCUGGACUCUGUUUGGAAUAUAAAAAGGACUUCUGCCAGGGCAACAGUAACAAGUUCUACUCCAAGGGGGAGUGUGAGGAGUACUGUGGGGUGAUGAAGGAUGGAGAAACUGAGUUCCUGAAAGCAAACUGAAGGAGAUGAGAGGUCAUAAGGAAGAAUACAUCCUAACACAAACACACAGCACAGAUCACCGUCUGGGUUAGCCGUCUGACAGACUACCUAUAUCAUUCAAUACAGAACACAACACAACACAAUAAAAUGAUGGAUUAACCUA